GACAGCGGACUGACGCAUCCAUGGAGCGCUCCGGCAGCCGUCCUCUCCUUCACUACUUCCUCCAAACACAUUUGAACAUGACUUAAGAAAGCCAGCCGUGGCACUUCUAAAGCGAAAAACAGUGUCUGGGACAACCACCUCGCCACUCACAACAUCCCGGCGUAACUUUCUUUCUCAACAUACACCCCCCCAUCCCCCUCAAACCGCCCCCGUGCGUUUUUUUUUUUUUUACCCGUUCCCGGUGAAUGAGUAAAUUCCCUGGGAACGCACAGGAGGUCGCUCAGUUUGACUCCGGGCUCUGCAUGGAUGUGGUAGCCGUAGAGGGGAUGUCUCUGCCGGGUAUCCGACUCCGGAAUCGGCCGGCGCAAGUGAUGCCGAACCAGAGGAAGAUCAAAGCGAGGCGGAAAAGGCGAAAGGAGUUGGUUUUAAUCCAGACGUGCUUGUUCGGCGGCUUACUUCUGGUCGUGAAGGGGUUUUCCUACUUAGCGGAAAAUUCAGGUUAUGACAUCUCGAGCCAGAGUGCGCUGGACCGGGAGAGGUGGGCAGGCAGGAGGCUUCUGCAGGAGCUGGAGCUGGACAACAGCAGUCUGGAGGAGAUGGAGCAUGAGGGCCCCAGGAACUGCACCUUACCAGCUCUGCAUGAGUUCCCAACGGAUCUGUUCACACACAAAGAGAGGACAGAGGGAGCUGUGGCCCUACACGUCCUGUGUGCCAUAUACAUGUUCGCAGCCCUCGCCCUCGUCUGUGACGACUACUUUGUCCCCUCCCUGGAGAAGAUAUGUGAGCGCCUCCACCUCAGUGAGGAUGUAGCGGGAGCCACCUUCAUGGCCGCUGGCAGCUCUGCUCCUGAACUCUUCACUUCCGUCAUAGGGGUGUUCAUCACCAAAGGUGACGUGGGGGUUGGGACCAUCGUGGGCUCGGCUGUCUUCAACAUCCUCUGCAUCAUCGGCGUGUGCGGCUUCUUCGCCGGCCAGGCAGUGAGGCUUUCUCAUUGGACACUACUCCGAGAUUCCAUUUAUUACACGUUCUCUAUCAUAGCCCUCAUUGCGUUCAUCUACGAUGAGAAGGUGUCAUGGUGGGAGUCUCUUGUUCUGAUUCUCAUGUAUGCCAUCUACAUCCUUAUCAUGAAGUUUAACGGCAGGGCGCAGCGCUACUUCGACCGUCGGAAGAAGAGCUCGGUGAAUCUGGCCAACGGGCUGACAGGAAGCACUGAUCUGGAGGAUAACGUCACAUGUGACGCUACUACUGUCCUGCUUAAGAAAGCUAACUUCCACUGUAAGCCAUCUGUGCUGAUGGUGGAUGAGCUGCUGUCUGCCUACCCCCACCAGCUGUCUUUCUCCGAGGCUGGCAUGAGGAUCAUGAUCACAAGCCACUUCUCCCCCAGGACCCGCCUCACCAUGGCAUCGCGCAUGCUCAUCAAUGAGAGACAGAGGCUGAUCAACACCACUGAGACUCGGGUCAACCGCAUCACCAACGGCGACUCCGACUCGGCCGUCAGGGUUCAGGAGAGGCGGGGUUUGGAAAAUGGGAUGGGAGGGAUCGAAAGAGGGCUAAAUGGCCGGUGCAGAGCUCAGGGGAUGGAGUCUGGGAACGAGACAGAGAACGAGAAUGAGGACAAUGAGAACAAUGAGAAUGAUGAGGAAGGAGAGGGCGAGGAUGACAAUGAUGGACCUCUGGUGCCUUUCAAAGUACCAGCGGGGGUGUGUAACAAGCUGAAGUGGCUGAGCAUGUGGCCUCUGUGCCUGCUUCUGUUCUUCACCGUGCCCAACUGUGCCAAGCGGCGCUGGGAGAAGUGGUUCAUGGUCUCCUUCCUCAUUGCCACCAUCUGGAUCGCUGCCCUGUCCUACAUCAUGGUCUGGAUGGUGACUGUGAUUGGCUUUACUCUUGGCAUCCCUGAUGUCAUCAUGGGCAUUACCUUCCUAGCAGCAGGCACCAGUGUCCCAGACUGCAUGGCUAGUCUUAUAGUGGCACGGCAAGGUCUGGGAGACAUGGCCAUCUCCAACUCCAUAGGCAGUAAUGUCUUUGACAUCCUAGUAGGACUGGGCUUGCCUUGGGCACUGCAAACACUCUGCAUUGACUACGGUUCCAACAUUCAUCUAAACAGUAGAGGACUCAUAUUCUCUGUUGGUCUCUUGCUGGCCUCAGUAUUCCUCACAGUUAUUGGUGUCCAUUUGAACAAAUGGGUCCUAGACCGCCGACUGGGCCUGGCUUGCCUGCUCAUGUACGCCGUCUUCCUCUGCUUCUCCAUCCUCAUUGAGUUCAACGUCUUCAUCUUUGUCAACCUUCCUAUGUGCAGAGACAUCCACUGAUCUCCCUCCUCCUCCUCCUCUUCUUCCUCCCCUGGCUGGUGGUAACGGAGGAUACCUUAACCUGGCUUCCAGUUUCUUGGGGCCCUGGAACUGCGUCCUACCUUCUUCAAAUAUAAAAAUAGAGCUCUAUAUGAUUUAUCUUUGGUGCAAUACACACAUGAGAUUGGAGACGAGGGGUUUUGGUUUCUGGGACUGGACAAGAGGCACAAGAAGAAAGUCCCGGCCAUGAUGAAGGAGAUGCCAGCCACUUAGCGAGCGGCCAAGGUUGCUGCCAAUCAUCUUAGGAACCGAAGAUGUUGGUUGGAGAGAAAUAAACUGUAUUGACAUCAACAGUAGGCUACUGUUGGUGAGAAGCUGCUACUGUAUCUAACUGACUGACCUGGCAGAAAGAGGGAGAUCAUGUGCUAACAGCGAUUUUUAGCCAGUUGGAUUGUUUGUUACUCUUUGUACAAGUUUGGAUAUCAGCAUAUGAUUAAGGUAUUUUUAAGUUAAGACUGGCUUUCUCUGUAUAUAUUUGAUCAUUAUAUCAACACACAUAUUAACUGAUUAAUGGGUUUCUCUUAGUGGUGAUUCUCUCAUGCACAGCUGGAUCACUCUUGCAAAGAUGAAUGAUCCAAUAACAGUGACAAUGUUGUAUAUGUUACCAUAGCAAAAUGCAGUAACUUGGCCUGCCAAUGAUACAUCCAAAAUGCUUAAAUAUCACUCCCUAACAUAUUGAUAUAGCAUGCUACACUAGCCACAAGUUGACACCUUUAGCUUUGCACUGAGAGAACGCCUAGAUAUUUAACACUAUUGAUAUAGAGUCUAUUCUUUUAUUGUUUUUCUUUCUUUCUACAGACAUAUCCAAAUUGGGUAUAUUUUUUUCUUUAAUAUAACCCACAUAGGAAAGGGAGCUCCCUGGAAUUGAAAUCCAGCACUGUCACUUUAUUGAUUAGAUUUAUUAUAUUAUCAUUGUAAGGCAGGUAGUCUGAACAUGUAACUACUGACUUUAAAGUUCUCUGUAGACUUUAGACCUCUUGUACUAUAUAAAAACUAGUUUUUAGUCUCUGAGUUGAGUACAACAUUGCUACUUCUUAAAUACAAAAGUAUUUUUAGAAUAGGUAUAAGAGUUGUACACUGUCAAGAGAGAUUUGGACUAAAUUGGUGUGAAUGUGCACACCUGCACUGUGUGUGUGUGUGUGUGUGUGUGUGUGGGUGGGUGGGUCGAUGUGUGGUGUGCGUGCGUGCAUGAAUGUGUUUGUUCAUUUGUCACAAUCUUGAGGGGAACCAAGGAUACCACUGUUACUGGGAAGACAUAAUCAUGAUUUAUUUAUGAAUUAAUUUAUUCAAGGAUAAUGUCUAACCCCCAGUUUCAGCCCUUUGGAUCAUGUACAGUGUAUGGAAUGCUUUCUGUUCUUUCAUUAUGGAGCUGUACAUUGUACUGUACCUAAUAUAUAAUCUAAGUACUGGAAACUGACUUGACGUUGUUUAUAUUUAAGAAUAGAAGUUUAUAAUGUAUAAGUUUUGUAUAGUUCAGAACGAUAUCGCAGAAUUUGUAUAUUGUAAGAAAAAAAGGGCGGGGAGGGGGGUUUGCAGGUGAUGCACGGCAUGUUAACUCAGGCUGUGGAAAUGUUGUGAUUUGGUGAGACGGACUCUGCUGAAAAUGCAGUCUUUAUUUCCCUCUCACUGAUCUUCACAUGAUGGGAUGGGUGGAUCUCUAGUCCCUAGCAUGUUAGAUCAGUGAUGAAUCCUGCCGAGUAAGGAAGACAAAGAUUCAGGGAAAAAAAAAGACCAGACUGAUGGCAGACAACCCUUUGAACUUGCACAACAUAUCUUUUAUUAAACACAGUGCUUGAACUCGUGUGCCAUCCCUUGUAUUUGAGGCUUCAAAACCAAUACUUGUGGCCAUUUUCCUGCUUGUAUUUGAGCCAAAACACCUUUUGUCAACAGUAUUGCCACUCUGUUUCAGCAUGUGUUCAAACCAAACGUGGAAAUUGUUUGUUUUAUUUUGAGCUUUCUUUUGUCUUUUCUUUCUCUCUUAACUUAAUGGGAUUCUUACUGAGAAUUGUCAUGUUCUAGUUUUAUGGGGACUUGCCAGUUAAAAAAAAACAUCCUCAGUAGAUGUUGAUGCUUCUCCUGCAGCCAUACGAGGGCGCUGUAGAGCUGGGUUUGUACAUUUCUAGGCGAGAGGGGGUAAGGCUGUUAUUUUACACACUAUAAAAGUAGUUUGGGUAUUUUCAGGUACAUAGAGAACAAUACUGGUUGGUUUGCAUGCCUCUUUCAUAAUUCAAACGAUUUUGUGUGUAAUUUUAAUGCAUUUUCAAGAUCAGAGGGCACUGUUUCGAUUAUGCUGUACAUAUCAGAGGGAUAUGCUAGUAUAAACACAGAUGUUGGAUAACUUCUGAUGAGCAGUCAUAUUGGAGAUAUUUACAGUAUUUAGAAUGUAGGCCUACUGCAGUUAGUUUUCAACAAAUCAAUGUCGUUUUAUGCUCAUGUCUUUUGAAUUGUUUGUAAAUCCUCAUUUUUUUCGUGAGGACCUCUGGGUUGAGCUUUGGCAUAGAUUUGGCAUUAUUCCCAGCGGUCUUCUUGCAAUAAACUGAUUUACAUACAA